UCCAUUCAUUGACACAUCCUCGUCAUGGCGGAUAGAUGUCGCUUUAUUUCUUCGUUUCGUCGUUCCAGUGUUUUACCUAUCGAUUCCUUAUUACAUUUCUAAACAUGGAAAAACCUUCGACGAAGCCUAGAAGUUCUAAUUCACGCGAACACUGUAGCAAUAUCUUGAAUACUCUAAACAGUCAACGACAUGAGACAGUUUUAUGUGACGUGACCCUGGUUGUAAAAGAUACCAGUUACCCUGCUCAUAGGUGUAUUCUAGCAGCGAAUAGUCCUUAUUUUCACAAGCUUUUCACCAGCGACAUGGCAGAAAAAGCCCAAGAAAUCAUCCGAGUUGAACUUGAACAGCUCCAGAUAAAUCGUUCAGUUAUGGAUGACUUGUUGUAUUACUUCUACACGGGCAAUUUAAAUAUCUACACCACAACCGCUCAAGAUUUACUAGUAGUUGGGGACUAUUUUUUGAUAACGGACCUAAAAAACGCGGCUUCUAAAUUCAUGGAAAGUAUGCUUUCAGAAGAGAACUGUCUUCUUGCUAAAGCUCUGGCAGAGAGAUAUAAUUCAGAACAGCUUUACAAAGCAGCUAAAUUAUUCAUUGAAGAGAACUUUUCUGUCGUGUGUCAGACGUCUGAGUUUCAAGAGUUGCCAUUUUCCCAGUUGCAAGAAUUGCUAUCGAAUGAUGAUUUAGUUCUGAACGAAGAGAAAGAAGUGCUUGAUGCCAUUUUUGCUUGGGUGAAUUAUUCUCCUAAAGACAGAAAAAAAUAUUUCGACCAAUUAUUUUCUCAAGUUCGUCUGGUAUCUUUUCCCAGUGAACUCUUGGAUAAACUGUUAUUGAAUGAAUUCAUACAAAAUAAUGAUGUGUGCUCCAAUCUCAUCAAUCAACUGAUUGAAGCCCGGUCAAGUUCUCUAGUAGAAGAGAAAGGGAUCCCAGACGCUAGAAAAUGUCUCCAGCCACCGUUGGAGGUGGUAUUAACGUGUGGUGGCAUGUCACUUCAUUAUCCAAACCACUCGCCUUUGACUCGGUGUUAUGUGCCUGAGACGAACAAAUGGUAUGACAUGAAAGCAAUGGCAUCGAAAAGAAACUGGCAUGGAUGUACUACAUACGGGGACUGUCUGUACGCGGUGGGAGGUGAAGUUGACGGGACUGUGACUGCAUCUUGUCAAAAGUUCGACUUCGUGAAGAAUUCUUGGGAAAGCAUCGCGCCAUUACUACGACCGACUAUCUUCCCGGCUGUGGUGGAAAUGAAUGGAAAGUUGUACGUCAUUGGAGGAGUCCGAAACAAUCGCGCGCGUUUACAGAUUUACAAUCCUGUAGCUGAUACAUGGACAUACGGGACUUGUCUGAGCGUUGCUAGGGAGAUCACGUGUGCUGUUGCUAAGCCGCCAUACUUAUACGCCAUUGGAGGGCUCCAGAGUGACUUAGGGACUUAUAUGAAUUCAGUAGAGAAGUAUCAUCCUGAUUUUGACUGUUGGAUAUCUGUGAGGGAAAUGAUUCAAUCAAGGGCUGGUGCGACUGGAGUGACGUUAAAUAACUGUAUCUACGUUGUAGGAGGUGAACACGACUUGCGAAUGGCACACUCUAGCUGUGAACAGUACUUUAUUGCGUACGACGAAUGGCAAAUGAUUGCUAGUAUGCGUGUCCCAAGGUACUUUGCGGGGGCCACUGUCAUAGGUCAAGGAUUCUACGUGUUCGGUGGUGUCGGAGGAACGAACGUUGACUUGUCUGACAAGCUAGUAAUCGAGUACUAUGACGCUAAGACGGAUCGUUGGAAGAGUGAUAUGGAGAUGCCGUGGAGUGAGAGGUACUUUAGAUGUGGCAUGAUAUGGGCGCGCAAACAUCUCUUACGAGGUUUGAGCGUAUUAGAGAAAGCGGACUAGAGGAUACAGUAUGUGAGUGUGAAGGGAAGGGGCGAGACUUUAUGGAAAGAGGAAGGUGAAGUGAAAAGAUUAUAUUAUAGAUUAUUAGAAUAGGAUGUUUGCAUCAUGGCGUCUAUCAUGCACUACCAUGCAACUGAAAUGCUUCGUUUAUUUAUUUUCUUCUUUAAGUUUGUAUUCCCUUUUGAAAACAGUAAGACCAUGGACAGAAGAAAGUGUGCAAGGGAUUCUGAUUGUGAUAGUAAAUGACGCCAUAUAAAAGUAUAAUAUUGGUGCUAAUUAACUGAAGAAAAUUGGAAAUCAACUCCUAAAUUCCAAUUCGAUGAGAGACGAGGGCCACAGUUUUGUUAUUCAUUGACUAGGCUAUUAAGUGCUACUCUUAUUUUUAAGAACAAGGACGGUUUUCAAAGUGUGCAAGAGAGUGUGGUAGUCGUAGGUAAUGACGUUUGAAUGCAAAUGGCAUAUUAGAGAUAAAAGUCUCCAGAAUGUAUUGGCAAACCGCGACUACAACUGGAGGACAUUUAUGCUGAGCAACAUAAGAAAGAAAGGAAAUUAAAGAAAAUCGAAGAUAAGAAAACGUGAGAGAAGCAAAGAAAACGAAAGGAAGGAAAGAAAAGCGGAGAGAAAAAAGCUUUCAUAAACACAAAAGAAAAAAGCUCAGUUGUGAAUGCGAAAAAAGGAAAUAGUGAGUCGAUGUUGGAACAAGCGAACGAAUUAUGAAAUGAAUGACAAACAAAAAGAACAAACUUAAGAGAAUGCAAAAUGAUCUAUGUGCUCCUAAAAUGCCAGUGCUGAUAAAAUGUUAAAAGUGCAUGUAAUAAAUGGUGAGAUCUAGAAAAGUACAUGCUUGAUUCUGCAAUUUAAAACCGGCCACACAACAAGAAUAAACCCCCAUUUUUGUUUUUAUUGUA